GUGAAUUGUCUUUACAAUAAGUUUUUUUCUGUUGUAGAUAAAUGGCGAAGACGAAGACUACCAGUGCAGAACAGCUGAAGAAAUGUCCAUUCUGUUCCUUUAAAAGUAGAAGUCACUCGGAAUGGAAAGACCACAUGGCCGAUUGUUAUGAAACCAGACACUUUUGUAGACGAUGUGAUUAUUCGACAGAUAAGAAAGUCAACUACAUACGGCAUCUUAAGAGAAACCAUCCAGACGAAGUUGAGAGAGGUCAAGGCAGCCAACAGUCUGAUAAUGCAGAGGGUAUUAAAUCCAGUGAAGAUAGUUUAUCUAGAGAUCUCCACGAGGACGAGUCUUCAGAUGAAGAGGAGUGGCUCUCACAGGAACCCGAUAUUACCAUUGACGAAGAACCGGGUACCAGUAACAAAGAACCUAGAGAUUGUAUAGCUACCAGUGGACCUUCACCCUGUGAGAAAGCCGUCGACCCUACUGUUAGAAAGAGGACUCAACCCAUGCCCGUGUAUACACCUGACCGUUGUAAGACACCGAGGCUGGAUGACAAGACAAAUGACCCCACGUGCAAAGUUGCAGAUAAGGCUGUUCAGACAGACCCAGUUGUAUAUACCAAGUCGAUCAAGACAACAACCAUUGUGCGGGAGCACGGACGCAAGACAAUCACUGUGAAGAGGGAAAAGAUGCUGUAGAUCAUCGGCAUAUUUACUUGUUAAUUUUUUAUUUACUUAUUGUUUGUUCUGAUAGUAGAAUCAUGCGGGACGCAUAUUCUUAAGGGGAGGGAAGUGAAACGGUUGAAAGAGUUAUCUUCCCUUGUUUGUAUUUUUAUUAUCAGUAAUUAUUGUAAAUAGUGUAAUUAAAAUGUCAAAUGAUUAAAAGAGUUAUUCAAGUAUUUUUAUUGUAUAAAAACAAAACAACAAAAACAGGUAUUGUAGUUUCUUAUUAGUCAGAUAGACUUAUAAAUCGAGAGAAUAUGUUUGGAUGUUCUUAAACACUUGUGUUAGAGAUAAUGCAAUUGGUUUAAGAGCCAGAUGGUGUCGCUAGUUUGUUUGGUUGAUGUUGUAUAGUCUGUUUAGAAGACUCAUACGUAAAGUAAUCCCUGAGUGCGAAUUACUGUGUUGUAGAGUUUCCCAGCCGUGAAUUCUGUAAGUAGGAAACAUUGGUUUAUUAAAGUGGAUUAAGUCAGGUUCUUCGAAUGACAAAUUGAUAGGCCAAGUGGCAUAGCCAGAUUGAUUUACCAACUUGCAUUACCAAGUGGCUGAGCGACAAGUUGCCUUGCCAGGUGGCAAGGGCAGUUGACAAACAUAGAAAUAGCCACAAGGCAGUGGCUUAUAUAUAUUUGUAUAUAUUGAGAAUUACCACAAGGCAGUGGUUAA